AUAAAGUCUAGCGGGAGCGUACUAUACGCCACAGGCUAGCUUGAUGCACUUUCGCAGCCUCUAGCGAGAACCUAUAGCACCCUGAAUCGCCCCAAGCUAUCUCACACGACAUAAAAUCCGCAUCCUCCUGAGAUUGCGGCUACAGGGAACACUACUGCAGCUCAUACUUGGCGGGGGAACCACUUGAUAUCGGCCCGAAGCUCAACCCAUGCAUGCUUCUGGAUUUAAACUCUGUCUUCCAGCUGUAGGGCCAUAGCUUGCCUAGCAAGAAGCGCGAAGCUAGCGCCUGAGCGCGUGCGUCACGUCACAGGCGUGCUCAGGCACGCGCAGGGCGACGCGCGUGUGCUAUUGUUAUAGUUUGGAGGUGCAUAUAAGCACGUAAGGCCGGCCGGUCUGGAACAGCGCUAUCCGGUUGCCAGGAUUUCUGCCGGUGCCCAGCUCGGCCUCCCCAAGGGGCCCCCCAGCAGUCAAAGGAGCUCACUGAGGCCAGGCCUAUCGGGCAUAACCACGGGCACGAGUACUUUGGUCAACUCUCGGACCGCGUUUUGAGCCGCACACACGCGAUGACGUUAGUUCCUCGUUCGUCAGCAUCCAGGAGCCGGGUGAGGCCUCUUGGAUGCAAAUAGAUGAUGCCAUGGUACAGCAGCAGGAGUCAGCGCGCAAGAGAGGCGUCCGCGCAAGAGUGACCGCCGGCAUGUUGGCGUUCGCAUUCCUCGCGGGGUUUUCAAUCGCGAGUGCAGCGGCUGGACUGCUAGCACUCAGCAGCUUGCUUGACGCCAUCCAAGUUGCAGCGCUGGCCGCCCCAGAGGCAGCGAGGCCAACCCACGUGUUUUCGAACCCCAGCCCACGCUCUGGCCCAGAGCAUGGCGGCAGCAAACAGCGGCUGGCGCCAGCCUCGUCUCCCGCCACAGUGCUGCUUCACGACGCCGCUUAUGAUGUCACCGCAUUACCCGAUCACCCGAUUGCAUUUUCGCCAUCUGGGUUCUCCAGCCUGGAGCUCCGGAGAACGCGACUGCACGGGCUGAGGCUGGAUGCUGACGAAGCGGCCGUGGCGGCGGUUUUACGCGCAGCGUCAGCAGCAGCAACAGAUGGCGGGCUGUACAAUUACCUCCACUCACACACCUCGCGUCAGCAGCAACAAGUGCCGUAUGAGGCUACAGGGGGAAACGGCGGCGUGCCGCCGCCGCGCCUGCAGUUGCGCUUUGCGGCGGCGCUGGCUGUGCGGUUUCUGCACCCCGCCGCCGCGAGUGGCUCGCUGCUGCUUCAAGACGUGGAGCUAGUGGACCUGCACGGUAUGGUGUGCGCCUGGCUGUCCGGCAGUAGCAGCAGCAGCGGCAGUAGCAGCUCAUGCAGCGGCACUGGCAGUAGCGGCAGUAACGGUUUCUUCGUGGAGCAGCUGCUGCUGCGGCUCCCGGCGGGCGGCUGGGGCAGCAACCCUGCUGCUGCUACCGUUGAUGCUGCUACUGCCGGCAGCAGCAGGCGGGGCGAGAACGGACACGCGUUCGGGGAGGUCCGUUUUGAGCUGCGCCGUGUGCGGGCCACCUGUGGCACGGCGGUCACAACCCAACAGGCUGUGGCCGCAGCAAUAACAGCAGCACAAGCAACAGCAACCGCAACAGAAACAGCCACGGACGCAGUAACAGCGACCAGCACGGCAGUGGCUCGGCGGCAUGCGGGCGAGCUGGAUGCAGUCGUCGCAGGCACCGCCGCUGCUACAGCCACGUCUGUGAAGGUUCCGGGCCGGCGACUGCUGGCGGCUGUAGCACCAGGUGCUGGCAGCAGCAGGGACCAGCAGGCGGCAGCGGCGGCCACACCACUGCUGGCGGCGUCAGGGGAGGUCGGGCAUCCCACUGCUGCCGCAUCGGCAGCCCGCGGCAUUGCCAGUGCGUGGGCUCAGAGUGUCCUGGCGGCGCUCGGGCUGCUGGCGGCUGUGUGCGGUGUGUGGCUGAACAAGCUCCUGAGCUGCGCUUGCAUGCGCCCGGCAGACCAACACGCGGGGGACGGUGCGGAGAGGCAGCAGCAGCGCCGCAGCACCAGUCGCUCUGUACACGGCGGCAGCAGUAACAACAAUCGCUCCACCCACUCGGUGCACUCGGCGGUGCGUGCAAGCCAUCAGGGCAACCCUCUGUCGGCCCUGUCCCGCCUGAGUGCACAGCUCCGAGCCAAAGGGGAAGCUGGGAGCCGCGAGGGCAGCCGGCAUGGCAUGCUUCCGGACGCAAGCAGGCACGGCAUGCCUCGUGGGACCGGCGAGGGCAGCGUGAGAGGUGGCGCCGCCAACGCGGCGGCGGCGGCGGCGGGUGCCAACGGCGACGCGGCUCGUGCUCCGUCGCGGCCGCCGCCGCUGCCGGCGCUGCUGUCUCAGCUGACGGAGGUACAGGCGUGCCCGAUGAAGGGGCGACUGGCGUCGAUGCUGCAAGGCGUGUGGGCGGGGCACCAGCGCUCCCUCAUCAAGAUCAUGCUUCACGGCGAGGACUGCUCAUUCAUGCUGGAGCAGGUGGGUGAGGUGUGGCACCGGCUGUCACACCCCAACGUGGUCGGCUGCUACGCCGCCGAGACCUUCGCCACCACCGCACUGGCGGCCGCGCCAUCAGAGCUGGCCGCGCUGCUGCCGGAGCCGCCGCCGCCCGACCCCGAGCUCCCCGCCGACGACCCCGCCGCCCUCACCCUCCAGUCCUGGUUCGUGCUGGAGCGCUGCGACGCCGGCUCCCUCGCAGUGCUGCUACAGCAGCGCUACAGCCAACUGCAACUGCAGCAACAGGCUGCGGCUGCGGCAGCAGCGUUGGCGGCUGCUCCGCCGGCCUCUGCCUCUACGCCCCAGGCGGGCGGGCGCCGCGCGCCACCGAGCAAGGAGCGGUCGCUUGGCGCCAUGAGUUUUGCCAAGAAGCUUGGGCGGCUGAGCCGGGGCUCAAGGCGGAAGAGCAACGCCACAAUGCCCGCUGAGGCACAUGCUACAGCUGAGGCACAUGCUACCGCUGCGGCAGCCGCAGCCGCGGCGGCGGCGGCGGCUGACGUCACGCCGAGUGCAUCAGGCGCCGCCACCCCUGCUGCCCGUUCAGGCGGCGGCGCCAGCAGCGGCGCCGAUGAGGGCAGCGGAUUGGGGGAUCUGCCUUCGAGCCUUGUCACUGGCAUGACUGAUGGCGGCGGCACGGGCACGACUGCGAUGUCCGAGGCAGCGGAGACGCCGCCGCAUGCCACCACUACUCGCAAGGCCGCCGCGGGCGCUGCUGCGGCGCCUGACGUUGCUGGCGCUGUCGCGGACAUUGCGGCCGCUGCAGGUGCGGCGGCGGCGCCAAACGUUGCCGCCGCCUUGGCUGCAGCCAACAUGAGUGGCAGCGGCUGUAGCAACGGGGAGUUACCGCUGCCGACGCUGCUGCCUGUGGCUGAGGCUCUGUCCAUCGCUGCUGACGUCGCCGCCGGCCUCGCCUACCUGCACUCCCUCGACCUCUGCCACGGCGACCUGAGGGCCGAGAACGUACUGCUCCAAACUCUUGUACUGCCGGGCGCAGCCCGUGGCGGCGGCGGCGCAGCCGCCGGUGAGGCGGGCGUGGCAAGCAACGCAGCACUGGCGGCGGCGGCGGAUGGAGAUCACGUGUCAUCAGGCGUCGCCACCACCGCAGCGCGGCGCUCGUCGUGCUGUGAUGGCGAGCGGGAGCAUAACGAGCUGUUGUACGGCAGGGUCAGCGAGCACAGCGACGUGACCACGAUUGACGGCUUCAACUCAACCACCGUACUGCUGGCGGCGGCGGCGGCGGGCCGCGACGGAGGCGGAGGGGUGGAGUACGGCAGUAGCUUGCCCACCAUCCCGCCGGGCGCGCAGGCCCGCAGUAGCUUGGGCCUGCAUGGUGCGGCGGGCGCGACGGCGGCGGCGGCUGACAGCAGCAACCACACGGUGUGGAGCAGUAGCAUGCGUCAGAGCACUGGCUUCAUGACCAGCAGUAGCGCGCACACGGCAUUCACGCUGGGUCCAACGCCCGCCGCCGGCAGCGCCGCCUCCGCCGGAACCUUCACCGGCCUGGCGGCGCACUGUAACGCCAGCGCCAACGGUUCCAACCACAACGGUAACGGACAUAACGGUAACGGAAACUUCGCGAGCGGCAGUCUGCACGGCGCCAACGGCGCCUUCCGGCCGGCGUCGGCUGUGUCCUUGACGCCGACGACGACGCAGUCCGGACGCUCGUAUUUUGGCGGGGCGGCGGCGGCGGCAGCAGGAGCGGCGCGCAUGCCUCUGACGCGUCUGUCCGAGCAGCAGAGUGACGGCGACACUUGCAAAGCCGCGAGUGCUGUCGCCGCGCUCGUCGCCGAAUCAGGCGUCAUUACGCUGCCAGCCAACUCCGAGGGCGGCCUCGUGCCGCCCUUCAACGUAACCGCCACUGCGGUGGCGAUCAUCGGUGGCGGCGGCGCCGCCGCCGCAGGUGGCGGUGCCGCCGCCGGGGUUGCGCCGCGUGGCAUUGGCGGCACAAUGCUUGGAGGCACGAACACGCAGCUUGUGUCCGGCGGUGUUAUCGUCAACGCCAUCGACGGCGGUGGCAGCGCUGCCGCCGCCGCGCUGGCCACGCACAGCCGCAAGCUCAACGGCUCCCUGUCUGCGCAGCAGCAGAACAUCAGCGGCGGCGAAAUGUCCGCUACCAGCAGAGCCCUGGCCGGCUUGGCGUCAUGGCCCGAGUCGCCGCCGGAGGAGGGCGCCACCGCCGCCGCCGCCGCCGUGGCGGGCGCCCUGCAUGGGGCCCGUGUUGGCGGGUUAUGUGGCGGCGGCGGCUCCGCUGUCAUUGCUGGGAUGUCGCCUGUGGCCUCGGGUACCAUGAGCAGCUAUCGACGUCGCGGCAGCGGCAUUGCCCGGGCGGUGCUUGUGGGAGGGCUGCGGAGCGCUCUGGCGGAGCCGCCGGCAGCGGCGGCCGCGUCAGCGCAUGCCGCCAAGUCAGGGCGUGCGGCUCCGCACGCGGCGGGCUCGGGCUCCUUUGGCGACGUCGCCGCCAGCGGCGGCGGCAACCGCAGCGGCGUAUCCUACCCCGCGCAGGCAUUGGCGGCGGCGCGCCUGCCCGGCGACUCUGGCCUUGCCGCGCUGCCUCCGCUGCUGCUGCCGCUGCCAGCAGACCAUGCCGGCAUCACUGUUGAGUUCCCAGCCGCCGCCGACGUUCCCGCCGCUGCUGCGGCCGCCGGAAUGCCGCCGGCGCCUGCGCCGCCGGCGGCACCGCUGCCGCCGCCUCAGACGACGCAAGGCGGCCGCCGCAGCUCCUCGCUGCCCGUCAUCCGUCGUGUCGCCAAACUCACGGACCCGUGGCUCGCGCUGGCGCGGCUGCCCGCCGAGUGCGCCGGUGGGCCGUGGUCCCCUGAGGUGGCGGCGGCCACGGGCGUCACCAGCGGCUGUGACGUGGCGCACCUGGCUCCCGAGCUGUUGCUGUCGGGACGACUGCACCCCAGCUCCGACGUCUUCUCUUUGGGCAUGCUACUGUACCGCAUGCUGUCGCCCACCGGCGAGGCACCGUACGCCAAGAUGAAACCGGCCGAGGUGGCGUACAAGGUGGCGGCGUGCGGCAUGCGGCCCGCCUUCUCGCCUGCCGUACCCGAGCCGUUACGGCGGUUGGUGGAGGACAUGUGGGCCUCGGAUCCCGCCGCUCGCCCCACCGUGCCGCAGCUGCGGAUGCGGCUGUCGGACCUGGCGGCGGCGGCGCCGGCCCUGCAGCGCCAGUGGCGGGAGCGGCACGCGAUCUUUGGGGCGGUUGCGACCGUGCCUAUCACGGCGGUUGCUGUGGUGCCGCUGGUCGGCGAGGCACACGACGUGGCGCACCGCUGGGCCGAUGCCGCCGGCAUCCGCCUGCCCCGCACCAGCGUGAGCAGCCGUGGCGGCGGUGGUGGCGGCGCCGGCGGCUACGCCGCCGCCGGCACCGUCAUGGCGGCCGAGGGGUCGGUCGGCGGCUCCAGCGGCUUUGCGCGCAGCAGCCGCGGCGCCGCCGCUGGCGGCGCCGGUUGGCCGGUUUAUCAGUCGGUUUCGGUUGGUUACCGCAGCGACGCAACGGCUCACGCCUACGAUGGCGGCGCGCCGAGCGCCACCGGACAUCACACGGGCGGCGGCGGCGGCGGCAACGUGGGCGGCGGCAGCUACGUGACUAGCGGCGGGCACACCAGCACCACGGGCGGCACGAGUAACCUGAUGAUGGCGGCUGGCGGCGCCGCCGCCAGCAGUGGCCUCAGGUCGGCGGUUGGCGGUUUUGGGGGUUUUGGUGACGUGUCAAACCAUGGCAACUCAUCACACGCGCUGGUGGGAAGCUCCCGCUUGCACAGCGCGGUGGUCGCGGCGGCGCCGUACCACCACGCCCAGUUUGCGGCUGCCAACCGCUCCAACAGCAACCAUAGCGGCGGCGGCGUGGCGGGCGGCGGCGGCGGCGGUUACCACGGCCGCAUGACGGUUGCACAGUACGGCAGGAAGGACAGCCGUGCGCUGGAUCCACUUUAAGGGUUUUGAAGCCAUACAUCGCAUCAUUUUCUUCAAGAGCCGUGAGGUAGCUGUUGCGUACCUGCAUGCGCAGCAGGCACCGCAUCAGCGCACGCAGUUGCACUUGCGCGAGCGCUACGUCUGCUGCUGGGGGUGCGCGGGUUUGCGUCGCGUCGGGGCCGUGCGCGCGCAGCGCGCGGCGGCGGAGCGGAGAUGGAGGUGGCAGGGACAGUGCGUGGCUAGCGGUGGCAACUUUGCACCCAUCUUACAACAGCAGUGGGCGUGCGGGACCGCGCAGCUGGUGGGCUACCGUAAGCUGUGUUGAGUAUGCUUGGAAGAUGGAUUGUGCAGCUGAGGAUGCGGUCGUGGGAUGCGGUGCUGCUGCUAUUAUGCAAUCUAUUCAUACUGCUGUAGUGUAACGGGUGCACGCUGGAGUCUGUCACGGACGGUUUAGCGCUGAGCGAGGCUUAAUACCAUUUAUUGACGUAUGUUGCGGAACUAAUGCGUACGUAGACCAGAGUGGAAGGCGGAGUGGGCCACCAUUAGGAUAAGACUGCUGAGAUGAGAUGGCCCCAUGUUGGACAAAUCGAAGCCACACACACCACGCGUACCUUGGAAUGUCAACCGCUGCUGGCAGAGACAUGUUGGCGCGCUGAUCAUGGCAGGCACACAAGCACGUAGGUUACUGCUUACUGUGGGCAUGUAUGUCAAGUGUGUCCUGGUGAACACGAAGAACCUUAUUGGUGAACACGAAGCGGGAGUGUGUGGGACUUUGGGAGGGGUACCUAUGCCAUGUCUGUGCGCGUGGCGCACAUAUGGUUGCUCUGGGUUUGAAUCCACGCACUGCCUAUGGCAGGGCUUGUUCAGGGAGACAAGCUGACAUGGGUAAGAAAAGAGCGAAAGAGUCACGGGGUGUCCCUAGCAGUGCCUGUGUGCGUGUAUGUGAUCGGGUGUGCGUGAUGAGCAGCCGCCGUGAGCCGUGCCUGUGGCGCCACUGGCUGCCGGGGGCUGCUUUGAUUUGCUGCCGCCACCGCCACAGCCGUCUUUCAUUAAUUAUAUGUAUUACUACCUAGUGCUACUGGCGCACCUGUCCUGGCUUGAUAUUGCUGGGGCUCGUCUGCAUCCCUAGGAAUUUUGAGCUUGCUUGCUUGCUGAUGUGGGUCGGCACGUAAGGAGGUUGAGCGGCCGGCGGCUGCCAACGCAAAACAUGAUGGUAUUGCGGUAGGUUGGGGCCGGGCGGGAAGGCGCGGGAGUAGGCAGGGGGUGCGACUCAUUUCAAGUAACAGCAGCGUGCCCGUCCACAAUUUGCUUGCUUGUGUGGAACCGGUCACCUGUCACGCGUUGUAUUAUUGUAUUGUAAGGUAAGUGUACUAAAGACAAGGAAAUGUGGCGGCGGCGGUGUAGCUGGAUGGUGGUUGUGAUCACUCUUGUGCGUGUGUUUCAUGCUGAUUAAGUGAUGUGGCGCAGCCGUACGUCCGCAUGGGGCCAGGCGGCAUUGGGUCAUGAUCCGGAUGUGGCUAGAUGUGGCGCGGGGAUGAAAAGCGUGUCCGAGCCUAUCCAACUUUAUUUCGCUGCACUUGCGUGAUCAGUGCUCAUCCCUGUCUGCACGCACACAACUCAAACAACAAAGCACCAACUCACAGACUUUCAUGGCACGGUUUUCAUGUUGUAGCCUCCUAGGGGUGUGCUGUGCAGGUUGCGUGUUUCUUACUUGGAAGUAGCCUCGUUGGAGAAAACGAACGACCGGUAGGUAGGCAUGAUCAGCAAAGUUUGUUGCCGGUCGCUAUAUGUCAUGCGCGAGUGCGAUGGCAUGCAGGCGCGCAUUGAUUGCCGUGCUGUGCGACAGCACGCUCAUGUGAUGAGGUGCAGGGGUCGUGUCGUGUGCGUGCAAAUGAUGUGGGUAUCUCCAUGCGCAACCAUUCUAUGCGCAGACCCACCAUCCAAGCAAGGCGCAGGCCGGGGUACGUUUCCAAGUCGAUGCCAGCGAGGUGUAGCGCAAUGGAAGUCUGGGCUUUUUAAGCGCCGUUGAGGCAGGGUUAAGGACCUUCCUGGCUCCAGACACCCGGGCUGGCUUGAGUCUGGGUGUGCGUACAUGCAAGAAGGACGUUCACGGCUGUGCGACCGUUUCGAAAGAUGCGUGUCCUUUGAUUUGAAUGCCUUGGCUUGCUGUGACCAUGUGGGUCGUGGCGGCCUGGGGCAAUAGGCUGUAUACCUCUUGGAAAUGCGCGUGGCUUGGGCGAGCAAGAAGUAAGGGUAGUGGCUGCGUGCGUAGCGGCGGUAGAGAAGUUACGGAUAGGCAGCUCUGUGUGGAUGGGGUUCUCUGAGUUGCGGCUGUCUAUCUGAUGCCUGCUUUCCGCCGGCGGCAGAUAGAGUGCUGGGUGCAGGCAUCAAAUAAGGCGCAUGGCGGGCAAGAUGGCGUGUCAGGCGCUUCUCCCGUGUGUGCCCAUGUGUGCGAGUUGCAGGUAGGAGGAUUUAUUUACACGUCGGUAGCCAUUAUUAUAGCACAAGGAUUACUAGCUAAGGCACCCUAGGAGACGGCCGGGAUUGGGCGCGUGGUUGCGGCCUUGCAUGCGCUGGGUGGCGGUGGGUGGAUGUGGAGCGGCCAGAGUUACGUGUAUAACGGGUCAGCCGCGCCCAGCAGGCACUGUCUGGCUCGCUCUGCUCGACCGCUGAGCCGUGGGCCAGGAAUGCCGUACGUAUAGUAGCCGCAGGCAAGGCAGGCCAAUAGCGCGGGAGCCUGGUACGGUAUGUCAUUUAAGCCAAAAUAAUG